AGAAGACUAGGAAACUGCCAAGUGGAGAUGUGCACUAGUGGCUUAUGUGAUGGAAGACCUCCCAGGGUAUAACUUCGUGAACAAAUAUAUCAGUAAGAACGGGGAAACAUUGCUCAACCUGAUCUAUAUCGGUAUGAAGAUGGGUACUAUAUUAUCAAAUUUCCAAACAUGGAGAAUAUGCAGGAGAGUGCACACUGGACUUAGCCUCCUCUUCUUCCGCUCUCUCUGCUAACUUGCGCAUCUCACCUACCCGAUUGUCUCCUCUCCGACGAUCUCUUGCAUUGACCUCUCCGUCCGUUGCUGGAAAGCCACUUUUCUGCUCCCACCCGCAUCAGAGGAACUCAGUGUUGAGUACAAAUUUCUCGAGAUCUCAGUUCAGAACCAAAUCAUCAAUGGCUGAGACAGUGUCUGGGGAAAGUAAAGCGGAAGUGAAAGUGUACGAUUCCGAUGAGGAACUUGCUGUGGCUCUAGCGAAGUACACUGCUGAUUUAUCGGAGAAAUUUUGUAAGGAGAGAGAUGUUUUUACUGUGGUUGUUUCCGGUGGUUCACUUAUCAAGUCUCUCAGGAAAUUGGUGGAGCCACCAUAUAUUGAUUCAAUAGACUGGUCCAAAUGGCACGUUUUCUGGGUGGAUGAGAGAGUGGUUCCAAAGGAUCAUCCUGACAGCAAUUAUUUGCUUGCUUAUGAUGGUUUUCUAUCCAAGAUACCUAUUCCUGCUGGUAAUGUGCAUGCCAUAAAUGAUGCAUUAUCAGCAGAGGCUGCGGCAGAUGAUUACGAGACUUGUCUAAGGCACUUAGUCAAGAGCAAGAUACUUGACAUCUCUGAAGAGAGUGGGUUUCCAAAAUUUGAUGUAAUGCUAUUGGGUAUGGGUCCAGACGGACAUGUAGCUUCCUUGUUUCCCGGGCAUCCUCUUGUCCAUGAGAAAGCGAAGUGGGUCACCUUCAUCAAGGAUUCUCCAAAACCUCCACCGAACAGGAUUACAUUUACAUUCCCUGUAAUAAACUCAUCUGCAAAUAUUGCACUUGCUAUAGUAGGUGCUGGUAAGGCAGAUGUAGUGCAUAAAUCGCUAGGUGAUGAUAAAAGUUCUGAUUUGCUGCCUGUGCAGAUGGUUUCACCUGAAGGAGAAUUAGUUUGGUUUUUAGACAAGGAUGCAGCUUCGAAGCUGUAAGGAUGAGGAUAUGUGAGCUGCGUAUUUGUGCUUCACUCCUCUGUGUAUUUUAUUAUUCUAAUAAUACAUUCUGAAGAAGGGUUGUCUGUAAAAUGUUAUGCCAUUUUUUUCUCACUUGUUUCUGUAAGGAUCCUUGACUAUGAGGAACUUGGUACUAAAACUACAGUUUAUUCUCCUAUUACUAUAUUUUAUCUAUACAAGUUAGGCAUGUGUA